AGCGGCUUUUAUUUUGAAACAAUAAACCACGUACGGGAAGUCGGAGGGAAAGAUCUGCUCGAAUCCGCGGAAAUCAUCAACAAGACUAUUUUUCAUUUUCGUAACCAUCUGUCAAACUUAUAGUCUCCGUCCGUCCCGUGUUCUGCCAAAGGUGGUGAUGUCGGAGUCUUACGAUUUCCUGUUUAAAUUCCUGGUGAUUGGGAAUGCUGGAACAGGCAAAUCCUGUUUGCUACACCAGUUCAUAGAGAAGAGAUUUAAAGAUGAAUCCAAUCACACAAUUGGAGUGGAGUUUGGCUCAAAGAUCAUCAGUGUGGUCAAUAAAACGGUCAAACUGCAGAUUUGGGACACUGCUGGACAAGAGAGAUUCAGGUCUGUGACUCGCAGUUACUACAGAGGAGCAGCAGGAGCGUUGCUGGUCUAUGAUAUCACCAGUCGAGAGACGUACAACGCUCUGACCACAUGGUUGAGUGACGCCAGGAUGCUGGCGAGUCAGAACAUCGUAAUCAUCUUGUGUGGAAACAAGAAAGACCUGGACAGCGACAGAGAGGUCACGUUCCUGGAGGCAUCACGCUUUGCACAGGAGAACGAGCUGAUGUUCCUUGAGACCAGUGCUCUAACUGGGGAGAAUGUUGAAGAGGCCUUUGUCCAAUGUGCUCGGAAAAUUCUCAACAAGAUUGAGUCGGGAGAGCUGGAUCCAGAGAGGAUGGGGUCAGGUAUCCAGUAUGGUGACGCUGCGUUACGACAGCUUCGUUCUCCUCGCCGUGCUCAGCCACAGGGCAACCAGGAGUGUGGCUGCUAGUGGUCGUGUCCUGUGACGUACACAGUCGAGUGUGGUUCAGACAGGUUUGUGAAGACCAGGAAAAGAACAGCCACGUGGGACCCUGGAAGACCUGGGUUCAGCUUGGGUUGCGGUGCUGGUGCCUCCCCCUGACCUUCGAUCUUCGACCCUCUCACGGACCGCUAAGAACCUUCAGAACAUUUGUUGUUAUGGCCUGUGUCUGCAGAGAGCCACCCCGCCCCCCCUCCCAGUCCCCUAUUUCCAGACUGCUGGGCAUCUCCAAGGUAACCAGAGACAAACCCACCCUUGAAAAAAAAAAAAAAAAAACAGAUCUCCAAUCAGGAUGAAUUUCUGACAUGAAACUUCUCUUCCUCACCUGCCUUUCCUCCUGAUUACCCCCCAUUUCACGUCAUUACAUUAGAUUAUAUUACUUUUAUUAACAUUACAGUACACUAACUAAAGGAAUCGUCAGACUAGGAAUACUUUUGAACCAGCGGGACAUUGUUUGCUUUUUGGUUGAGUUGUGUUUUGCAUUACAACUAAAAAACUAACAUGCAACAUGUUAAUUAGCUUUAAAGGUCAUGGCAGGUGUUAACCUUUUCCUCUACUGACAGUCUUUAUGCUAAGCUAAGCUAAGCUAAUCACCACCUGGCUCUGCUUUACCACAACCCCCUCCCCACUCACUCUCUCUCUCUCUCUCAUCCUCUCUCUCUCUCUCUCUCCUCCCUCCUCCCGUCUGCGCCCCCUGGCACCUCAGAGGCUAUACUGCACUUCAUCAGCCUCAAUAUCCGCUCCUGAGAGAUCCGAUCAAAAGUGUUCAACAUCAGUAUUAACAUGUUAAUCGUGAUCAGUUAAAGGCCAACCCUAUAGCGUCUUGCACCCGUUGUUCACACAGAGAGAGAGAGAGAGAGCGAGUGAUUGUUGUGUGGCGUAUGCAACUAAAGACCUGUGAAUAAAAAGGUCGUAUAAAGUCUUACAUUUGAUGUGGAGAACACUGGGAGUAGGUAGCAAGGUAUUAACUAACAUUUUAUUAAACGCAACAAUGUCAUUUCUGACCCUGUUACACACCCAGACAUAGAGUUGAACACUUGCGAUUGGACGUCUCAGGACAGACGUUUCUUUUUCAGUCAUGGUGUAAUGUAACAUCACUACCUUCUUUUUCGCCCGCUUGUAUGUAGGUAACACUGUAUAUAGUACUUCAUCUGGGGUCAGUCUUAUCAUCCUUACCUAUCUUGUGUCCUCCAUGUCUUCCUUUGCCUUCACGUUUUUACAUUCCAUCUUUUUUUUUCCUUCAUCCGUCUCUGUCCUCGGCACUCCGUCCCUUCACUCCAUCUGUCCUCAGCACGCUACCUUCCCGAAUCUCCCUCUGUCACACACUGUACAGUGUUUCUGUAAAUAGAGAUUGACGCAUGUUUUCUCAAACAGAAUAUCAAGAGUAUUUCAUUAUGAAGAGAUAUUGUGUGUAUAUUAAAAGUAGUUAAACAUAUCCAGUGUCAGGUUCACGCAGCGCUGUAUUAUCAUUAUCAUAUACUGGGCAGUAAACGUGUGCCGUACUGUGUGCAGCAUUUAUGUUCAUUUGGAAAUUUGGACCAUUUAAUGUGGUCGGGAUUUUUGAAGUUGGGUUGUGUGAGGUACUUGCACAGAGUCAGUGUGUUACAUACAGGUGACUGCUCCUCCUGCUGAGAGGUAGCUGGAGGCCUGGUGGGCAACAGGAGACAAUAGAAACACUGAUGUUAGGCUAUAAACAAAAGACAUAUGUCAGACAAACACAAAAAAGUGAUCAUGACUGCUAAUUGCAGUAAGGCUACGCUCAGAUUACCAGGUUGAAGUGACUCAUGUCCAGUUUUUUUGCAUUUUGGUGACUGCAUUUAAAUCACGACAAUGGUCAUAUCAGAGAUUCAGAAUCCUUUUUUUCUUCCUCGCAUGCACGGAGUGUUGUUGUCCUUAACUGGCAAAAACAAACUAAACGAGUGAGCUCAACCUCACUCGCAAAUUCACCUGCGAUAGCUUCCAUUUCUGGGUUUUAUGCGAUACCAGAUAUUUUUACAUAAAAUGAUUUCUGUGUGAUAUUUGUCCAGAUCUGUGAUAACAAAGAUGUUCUCUUCAGUCUGUAGAAUAAGAUGUGUAUAGAUCGAGACAAUAAUUCAUCUAAAAUUAUAUUUUGACACACAUUUUGCGCCUCCUGUGACUUGAAAAUUGGAUAACGUUUUGAUUCAUUGUUCAGCCCUAAUAGUUAGUAAUGUGAUCUGUCAUCUGUAGUGAAUCAGAUCUGAACAAUGUGGCCGGUAAUCUGAAUGAAGCCUAAGGUAUCGUGCCUAUUCUCGCUGGUCACAAAUAAAAAGCACACGUGUAAUUUAUGACACUACCAAACACUUGGUAGUAGUGGAACUCGUGAAUUCGUAUUCACCUACACAUUGCACACAGGAUAUCUGAACUCUGUGCUUUCAGAAAACAGAUCUGACUUCAGUGUUUGAGAAACUUCAUUCACCAACUACACAAGUACCUCAUCCGACACGAUUCCAAAGAUCCUUAACUUUACCUUAAAUGUCAAAAGAAUUCAGUAGGUUUAGAAAGAGACAUUUAUACAUGAUAGCUUGAAUUACAUUUAUACAUUCAGCAUCACUAGAAUGAAAGAGUGCAACACACUUUUGCCUGUCUACAUGGAAACCUGACUGACUGCUGCCAGUGCUUUAAGCUGUGGUGUCGAGUUUUCUCAUGUGUUUGAUUGCUAUUUGUUUCCAAAGAUGAAUUUUGCCUCUGGUUUUUAAACUUUAAAACAUUUCAGCAACACAAAGGACUCUGUGAUUUUCCCGGUGUGUUUUCAAGGGCCCAUUCAAGCAUUUCAUACAUUAUAUAUAUGUGUGUAUGUAUAUAUAUAUAUAUAUAUAUAUAUAUAUAUGUGUGUAUGUAUAUAUAUAUAUAUAUAUAUAUAUAUAUAUAUAUAUGUUAAAAAUUUAACAUGAAAAUCUUCAUGUGUUGUUGGUUUUGGCUGUUCCACAACAGGAUCCAUCAUCAUCCAGUCAUUUAUUCAUAUUUAUGUAUGUUAUUUUUUCAGUUAUCAGAAUGGAUAUUAUGGAUUUUUAAUUUAUUGUGUAUGAUAAAUGCAUAUGUUUUUAAAAUAAAAAUGAUGACGAAUAAAGUAUAUUAUUUAAA